AUGUUAGAUAAGAAAGCAGACAAGAACCAUACACAUAAAUCCUUCACAACUGUUGCUAUAGAAAGUAUUGAAGGAACGGUUGGCGGAACUGGUGGGGAGGGCGGAGCCCCGCCGCACGCGGCUGCAUUAUAUUGUAAACCUCCUAACUUUCCACAAGGUUUAACAUCGGAGGAAAACAUAACGACGAUGAAAUACAUUAGAUGUAGAAAUGUUUAUGUCAUGGAGGAUGAAAAUAAUGUUAAAUUCACUGCUCAAGAUUUAUAUGAUAAGAAAGCUGACAAGAACCAUACACAUAAAUCCUUCACUACUGUUAGAGCUGAUGACAUAAUACUGAACUUUGACCUUGGUUCAAGUGCACCAUUAGAGAAUCCAAGUACAAGCGUAAAAGAUACUCUUAACAAUUUAGAUAACAGUUGCAGGAAUAUUGAAGGUCAUGUCAGAAACUUUGAAACCCAUGAACUACCAGCAAUGUUAGACAGUAAAGCAGACAAAACUUAUGUGGAUGCAGAACUAACAAAGAAAUUUUCGAAACCAGAUACAAUGACAUUUACAACAGAAAUUAUAAAUGGUGAACCAGCAACUCCAUUUGAAUUUGUUAGAGGUCUUCAACCAGAUACUUUUGAAUUUUUCUUGGAUAAUUCUAUUGAACUAACAUUACAUUAUAAAAGUGGAACAAAUGCAACAUUUCAUCCGGGAGAUACAUUCCAAAUGGUAUUUAAUGACAUAAGUUCUUUAGAAUAUGUUUAUAGAGUUAUGAGCAUAUAUGAUUUAAUAUAUCCUAUAGGAGCUGUUUAUACGUCUAUGAAUCCAAUAAAUCCAAACACUUUAUUUGGUGGUAGAUGGUAUGAAAUAGUUGACA